AUGACCUUUCGCGAGUACCUGGAAGUUGACAUGCAAUCCUCAAAGAAUUUCUGUCGAGGUAAGUACUUAAAGAUAGUUGUCUCGCCUCUCACCGCGUGGGUGAUAUCGUGAGAGAGCAAUCAGAGCGGGGUCGCACAUUUCCACGGUUGGCACCCUUCAUCUAAUUUCCUUACGAAUACCUCAAAGGUCCUCCUGCGGACCGGAUGAAUCGCCCACGAAAUGGGACUUCAGUCCUCAGCAGAACUGUUGAAGUACACCGUUAAAGCUGACGUUCUGGAGACCCUAUUCAUCAGGGUAUUGAAAAUGCAGGCGCGAAUCAUUCAUGCUUGACAGAGGGCCUAAAGGACCUGGCUCCUGAAUCACACGCUGAUGACUGGAUUGUUGACGAGCGUCAGCCAGUUGACUCAAUGCUUUCUGACACUUGCGGUGGUGACCAGGUCUGCUCGCUCAUCAGCCUAUUCCAGGGCCACAAACCCGGGGCUCCACCCCACAGUGAUCCGACUGUCCUCCAAGGCUAG